AUGAGCGCCUCAGAUCCGAUACAGAGUGUGCUUGCUACAGGCGAACUAGCAGUAGAAUCUUCGGCCUCGGCUCUCCCUACCACUGUAGAAACAGCAGCAGCGGAAGGACCGAAGAUCGGCUCUUCGCUGUUUGAUCCGCUCCACGAUGCCAGACACAGCCUGGGUGAGCAGUCCGAGGUGACAGCUCAGCUGCAUCCGCUCAACUCUACGCUUCAAUCGCUAUAUACAGCCUCAAGUACGGCUGGACGGCUGUCACGCGAUCAGUAUCGACAGUUGAUCGCUCAGAUCCGACACUCUGUAUCGCAAUUCGCAGCGACGACUCCUGCUCUCAAGUUGCAGCAGCAAGCAGCGCAAGCACAAGAUACCAACACGGCCAAUCAGCUGCGUCGAUACAUUUCGCUACUUACCGAAACCUCAACACACACUGCCGCGCUGGCGCACUCGAUUGCUCCCAUCAAAUCGGCCGAGCAUGACGUUAACAGCGCCGCAGCACAACCACCAUUAGUAUCAGCGCCGUUCCCGCCGCAGCUGCAAGUCGGUGUGUUUCGUGCUGGAUUGGUUCGUGCUGGAUCGUCUGAUAAGCCCGUCUCUAGCUGGCAGUCAGCUCUCGAGGCGCUUGGAGCCCUCUGCGAGACGCUCGAGAGCACCGCAAAAAGGCUUGGCCUCGAAACCUUUGCAGAGCCAUCUUCAGAGGCAACAGAACAGCCGACCAACUCGGCAUCGAGCAGCUCACUCACACAUACACUCACCCUCGGAGCCAAGAUUUUGGUCAUCGAUAUCGAGCUGCACAUCGUCAAGAAUGAUGCGUCUCAAGAAUUCCGCCCAAAGACCAAGUUGAAGCUUUCCUACGCAACCGACUCUGCCAAUUCACAGCAAGCUCGUGAUUCUAAUCUGGGUGCUGUCCUCGAGCGAGAUGUCCAGUUGAUGGCCGACCAGCUCUUUGGGACCGCAACGUCGAGUCGCGCUCAACAAGGUAGGGAGAUCGUGGCCCGGGCUUUAGCUGUUUGGACCUCCAACCUCAACGAGCUGCUCGUCCUCGACGAUCUCGAAGCCAGAGCGAGCGAAGCUGGCGGAGGAGCUUCGCGACCUACCGACUUGUUUGCCGCUAUGCAAGAGCUUAGCGCCGCUGUUGUGCGUAUCGCUGAUGCCGAGGCGUCCUCUCACACCUCGGAAGCAGCCUUGCUCAAUCAUGGGCAUGGCCUGCACAAACUGCACGAAACGAGACCUUUCCUCCAGUCGACCUUCGCGCGCGAUCCCACUUCCGAGCAGGACUAUACUCUGUCGAUCGGCGUUCAGGCGAUAGAUCUGCCUGUGGCCGAUGCGCCAGCACCUUAUGCAGCAAAGCCCUCAUUCCCCCUAUCACAAGCUGCAGCGGAUCUCUUGGCGUCUUCUGCCGAUUUGCGAUCAGCUUUGUCUCUCGGCUCCGUCCCCUCUGCUUCGGAUAGCAAGAAGCGUGUGCCUCUGCAUGUAGUCCUUCGGCUGUCGCCUCCCGUUGUCGUCACAAGACCGACGGCUGCCAAGCUCGCUUCCAUCUGCAAUCUCAAGCAGAUCACGCCGCACAACAGCAACACUGGUGCGCUAGGUGUAGCACCAAAGGGCGCGACAUGGUUCGAAGACGUUCUCGCCUCUUCGUGGUCUCAGCGUCCCAACCUAGCUUCCGACGAUGCACGCCGACCCGCUCGAUGCACUUUCACGCUCGCCCAAUCCGUCGAGAGUGUUCGAAGCCCCGAAUCGCAGGGACUUGUCAUCGAUUCGCUCCCACUCUUGAGCGGCUGGACAUCGUCUACAGAUGCGACGUAUGAAAGCAAUAUGCCCAGCUCUGGUGCUUCCAUCUUGGCCAGGCUCUUUGCUGCUAUCGAAGUGUUGCGCGACGAGAUCAAGGUGACUGAACUCAUGCAUUCGGCCAUUGCUUUGGGCGAAAGUAAAGAAGCAAAGGAAGAUGAUCUCUCCCUUGAUGACAUUCUCGCAUCAGCCUCUGAGGAGACGUCUGACAGGAUCGCCGUCACCCUCGCAUUCCGAACGCCUAUCUCGGGCGCACUCGACGAAGCUCAGCAGAACCUGAGCUUGCAACUCGCCUUCCGCGUACUUGCAGACAGUGGCGCCACCGUCGUCUUUGACGCCUCGAUCUCACCCUCGCAACGCACAGCUGAAGUCGGAUGGCUGCUUACGGCCGUCGCCAAGUCCGAAGCACCGGGUGAGACGGCGAGUAAGGAUGUCCGUCUCGACAGCUCUUCGUCCGAAGCUCAAUCAAUCGUCGCCAAGCUUGUCGACCUCGAGUCGCUCCAAGAUGUGGUCAUCAACCUCGUAUGCUGGGCCGAAAAGCAGCUCGAUGUGCGUCUCAAGAAGCCAGCUGAAGCAAACGGAGAAUCAUUCGACCCGCUUUCCUACGAGCAGCAAAACGUUCAUGCAAUUUACGAGACAAUCGCACCGCACUUUUCCAACACACGAUACAAACCGUGGCCGCUGAUCCCGGCUUUUUUGAGCACUAUCCCACCAGGUAGCUUGGGUGCCGAUCUUGGAUGUGGGAACGGCAAGUAUCUUCCCAUUCGAUCGACGCUCGCAUUAUCCCGGUUGACAGAGCAAGAUCAGGAGGUAGAGACAAAGCGGGAUGGCAGCUUAUUGACAGUCGGCGUCGAUCGCUCGUCGAAUCUGAUCAGUCUCGCGAGGACCAAUUUUGGCAUGUUGGACGGCGGCGGGGAUGCCAGCAAGGCCGAGACCGGAAGCGACGAGAGGCGUCAAGAGGUUGCGGUGGGAGACGCUAUCCACUCGUCGCUGCGCACAGGACUGUUCGACUAUGCAAUCAGCAUCGCCACGAUCCAUCACUUUUCGACGUGGGAACGCAGACGCGCUUCCGUGCAAGAGCUCAUCCGCAUCGUUGCGCCUGUUGAGCACCGAUCGCAUCUCGAAGUCUCCGGCCCAGCGCCGACAGACCCACGUCUGGAGAGUGGAACCGGCCGCGGCCGGUUUAUGAUCUUCGUCUGGGCAUUGGAGCAGAAAGAUGAAGGCAAGCGACAAUUUCAAGCCGACGAUCCGGCUUUGCUUAAGAGCAAACCGGAGAUCGAUGAUCCGAAUCACGUCAAGAGCAAAGAUCGACUGGUGACGUACAGUGGGUUGCAGACGGCGGCAUUGGCCGCGAUGGAGCAGGAAACACAUGUGACGGAUGAUCAGGACGUGCUUGUUCCGUGGGUGUUGACGGAGGCCAAGAAGAAGAAGGCGAAGGCUCCACGCGUUGGGAAGGGCAAGAAAGGUCAACAGCCGUCGUCUCCAACGACCGAGAUCGAAGCCGGUCUGUCUUCCCUCCAGGUCGACUCUUCAGCGGCAGAGGUGACGCCAAAGCAAGCAGAGGACGCUGCACGACCGGUGUACAAUCGAUACUACCACAUGUUCCGUGCGGGCGAACUCGAGUCACUGGUCGCUGACGCUGCUGCUACCAUGCCCAGCCUUCAUCGUCGGUUGCGCGGCAGUGGGGAGGUGGAAGGCGUCGAGGUGGUACACGAAGCGGGUGGGUGGGAAAGAGGCAAUUGGUGGGGGGUGUGGCGGGUCCAGUGGGCACCGUAA